AAGUGAGUAGGUCAGUCAGGCGGCCCCACUCUGCCGACGAAUAGUGCAGCUCGCUAGCUCAUCCCAUCCACCCGCGAAAACACUCUUGCUCUUCGCUGUCAGUCGCACCUUCAGCUCCCGACCGAGUCUACACAUCCUCGCCAGGUCCCAGGGAACUCCGCGUGUCUUCUCUACAGGACUUGCAGCCUUACAACGCAAUAAGUGCUCUCUAGACGGCACUCCCUGUUAUGCUCUGAGGCUGUGAUUUCAUCAAAACUCUCAACAAUGAAUCAUCUCGUUUGGAUAUUUUCCGUUUUGCUGGUCUCACUCUGCAAGGCUCAAAUUCCUGAGAGACCGUCGCUUGGCGCGGACUACGACGAUGGCACCACUUUGAACCAAGGCGGAGAAGUUUUCGACUCUGACCCUCUGCUCUACCUGAAUCUGGGAGGCAGUCCUGGAGUUGACUUUCCCAUGUACCGAAAAAUUCCAAAGACGUCAUUUUCGUGCAAGAACGUCAAGGCUUCCGGCUACUACGCCGACAUGGAAACCAACUGCCAAGUGUUCCACCUGUGUGAAAACGGCGAGAAGCUGUCCUUCCUCUGUCCCAACGGCACUAUUUUCCGUCAGUCGCGGCUGACGUGCGACUGGUGGUACAAAGUGGACUGCGGCACCUCUUUGGAGUUUUACGAGUCAAGCGCCGAGCAGCUGCGUCAGGACAGGACGACACCCAAAGGCGACAAGUCCAGCAGGCCGAGGCCUCUCAACUUUGACGACGAUCGCAAAGUCAACAAUCUGGAGUCGCAGGUGUUCGCUGAAACUGGCUCCUUGAUCAUCAGCCGGCAAAAGAGCGCUAAGAAGUUUUUCGAGAGCAAAUCAGUCCCCGUCCCCGCGGAAGUAGCCACCGUGAAGUCGACAGGCCGCUUCGAGGUGAGGAAGCCCAAGCCAAACUCAUCGGCUCAGACAACCUUUGGCAACAAGAACAGCAUCUACACACCCACCGUUCCACCUAUAACCAGCACCACGAGGUCAACCACAACAAGCACUACCACCACCACCGAACCAACAACCACAGAGGUUCCCACAACAACCUACGAAAUCACCACCUACAGGGAAUCUGAGCAGAGGUCAGAAGGAGAAUCCCUGCAGGGCAGCCACAGCUCAUGGUUCAGCUCGGCCGCCACUGACCCACCUGCCACUGAGUCGACCAUUCCCGAGUUGGUCAACACGCUGCAGAACGAGAGGAGAAGCGACGAGGGCAGGGCUGGAAGGGCGCAGCGCCUGGAGGACGUGCCGCUGGUCGCGAGACCCGAGACCUUGCACUCACUGGCCACUUACUUCGCCGCCGACAAUAAGACCAGAGUGGAGCUGGAGAAAAUGGUCCCUGAAGAUCAAAAAGUUCUGAUGGAAAAAAUUGUGCGGGAGCAGAAGCAGCUAAAUCCAUCCCUUGACACCUCCGACCCGAAUUUGCGCCAACUGGCUAAGAUUUUCAGCAAGGCCCUCACCGACUACCUGCACGACCCUGAAUCCUUCCGCGAGACCCUGAGCGCUGUUCACCCCACCCAGCCACCCCUCCCGCUGGUCAGCGACAACUUGCUGCUGGACGAGGACAAGGACGAGGUUCUCGACUUCUCCGACGCGCCGCAAACCAAACCACAACGCCUGGUGACGACCACCCCCAAGCCGUACACUUCUACCACGUUAACCCCUGUGACCGUGCGACGCAACGACGUCGCUACCAAGAUCAACGAAAUCCUCGACGUGCCCUCGGGCAGGAGGGCUCCGGACGGACUGUUCGUCACGCCGAGCGACUUCGCCAGCCCUCUGGACGCGGAAACGCGCGGAUACCUGCCAAGCACCUCUGCAGCCUCGGCGAACCUAGUCGACGCCAUUCCCACGCCAACCUCCUUUCCCAACCCCGAAAGCAUCCCAUUCGACCCACCCUCGUACUACCCCCAGACCCGCGACUACGUCGAAAUCGGGUUCCAGCCCUCCCUGUUCCAAGCCCCGACGGGCAGGGGCCUCUUCGAGCCCGCCCCCGGCCUCGACUUGCACCCGAACCAGCCUCCCUACGACGUCAACCAUUUCCUCCCCAGUGACCUCAACUCCCUGUCCAUCCUGAACAUUGAGACCCACCACAGCCCCACCCAGCCACCCGUCUCUGUCUCGGUGCACAUCCCCAAGGGCAUCGACCACCGGGUGACUAUCGUCUCGUCCCCCGAGAACCUCCAGCUCCGUCACCAGCCCUCCGCCCCCUCCUCCUCAUCUAGCAACCAAAACCGACCCAUGAUCAGCAAGCUGCUCUUCCCCCUCCCCUCCGAGUCGCUGGUGUCGGAAGGCACGGCCAGCUUCCCGUCCGACUUCCGUUCCUCCAAGAGCCAGCAGCUGCUGGAGAACACGAUCGAGGGCAGUGGCGUCUCCACGCUCGUCACUCAGACCAUUCCUUCUCCCACCACCCCAGCCACCACCGUUGAGCCCAUCACAGAGUACAUCCCGAGUACAAGCGAAGAGCCGACCACAAUUCCCACCACCCUUCCCACCACAACGCUACCCCCCACAACCACGGAGGAGAUCGUGGCUAGGGCGAGGAAGAUCGACGACAAAGCGGACGACUCGAAGCUUGUGUUGCUGCUGCUCAAGAAUGGAGCGACCACUCCCGGCCCUGCCACCCCCUUCAUCAGCAAAACCAUGCUGAUUGAGGCUUUGCUCAAGUCCCAACAGGAGAAGGCCGAAGAUGUGCCGCAAACAGGGGUUAACUACGCUGAGACAACAACUGCUUCCGCAAAGCUCGUUAGCAGCACCAAUGAAGCUACCACUUACAGGAGCGCGAAACAUGCUGAAAUCCUGCAGAGGAUCCAGUCGGAGAUCGCGAAGAAAGAGCAGGAGCAGUCGACGUCCGAGACGCUGCCAGAGGCCAACUCCUUGGUCACGAACAGCAACGGCGCACAACAGGAGAGGACGGCGCGAGGGAGUCUCAACCACUCGGACUCAAGGGCCCUCGAUAUCCUCAAGUCUCUCUACUCGCUUGCGUCGAGGUGGAUAUAAUAGACGUCGCUCCAAAAUUACUAAUUUAUCGCGUUUGCUGUUGCUGCAAUUAUCCUUAAUCUGAUGCCGAAUCAGCUAUGCUAAUUUCGGACUUUGAAAGUGAAAUCGAUCGACCGCGCGCUGACAAACGCAGUCGAUAUCGAUUAGGCGUAUAGAGAUUUGAAAUGCGUCGUUUGGUUUGCGCUCGGCAAACCACGAUGACGCAUUUCGUGACCUGGGAAAUCUCAACUUUGUAUCAUGUCUGUGCCUUGGAAAGUUGGUGUGGCUGAUGAUGAUUUUUUUCUGAAAUAACGAGUGCGAGUUGCUAUGAAUGGAUUAGUUGAAGUGCAUGAGUCCGCUGCGCGUGCUCCACGAACAAGUGUCAUUUUAGUGAAAAUAGAAUUAUCAUUAAUUAAAAUUAAAAGUGUCUCAAUUUAUGUAAUAGGAACGAUUAUUGGCUGCAGGUUUAAAUUUGUUAAGGUUCAAGCAAUAUACUGUAGAAAUAAAAUAUGUAGAUGUUAAUUUUGCAUUUUGAAAUACAUUUAUACAUACUUUGGGAUGAUAUCUGUAGAAAAUCUUUGGUGCUUUUGCUUUAUGUAUAGUAUACGAUACUGAGAAUGUAUUUUGCAUACUUUGGAUACUUUGAAUAAAGAUUGUAUAAUUUUAAAAAUUAA